CAAACAUUCACGGAAGCAAACUAAAAGAGGAAUAACACAGGCCGUAGGCCCACUGUCCUCAAUACACAUAUGUGAAUCUAAUGAUUGGACUUCUCAAUUGGAUAUUUAAUUACUUUGUUACCUUCUGUUUGAAUUGAAGGUCGGGUAGUCGUGUCAUUUCUAAAGUUCUUAAGGGAUUCAUAGACAUUUUUAUUUAAAUUGACACGACAACAUUAACUUGUUGACUUUCAGUUUAUGAAAUAUCAAACGAACAUGCAUAUAUUUCUUAUUACUCUUGGAGUGAGCACAACUUGUGAGAAUACUUUGUCCUAGAAUGAAAAUAAUACGUUAAAAGUCACAUUAAAAUGAUCUACACCAUCGUAUGUUAUCAGUGCUUCUAGAUAUCUAACAAGACUUCUGGGCAUUUUGCGACUCGUCCUACGCUAUCACAGGUUGACAUUUACGUUUAUAGUCGUAUAACUCUAAACAGUACCUUAAAAUUAGCGAUUGUUGUGUUAAACGAUGAGUCACAUACAAUGUAUUAUUCUGGCAUCUUUGCGCUGCUAACCUCCAUCAUCAAAGUGAUUUUUGGUGUCAACUGGCGGAAAACUGGUGCUUGUUUAUUGUGGUUUGUUUAAUAUGAUGCUGAUUUUCACCGGUCUUAAGUGCUUUAGCUUUGACUGUGCGCUUUAUAGAUAGUAGUCAACAACCCAAAUAUCACACAUUUGUCUUUGAGUUAUGACUUUUGAGUGAAAGUUAAUAUUACCUGGCUGCUAUAAUCUAAUUACCUGAACCAGAUAUCCAUUCAAAAAGGUAACAAAAACACAAUAGUAGGUGUCGUUGUAUAAAAUGUGGGUGUAUGACUGAGGUUUUUUGGUAGAUGACACCCUUUUGGUCACUAAAAGCCCCAUCACGUGGUUCAUAAUAAAAGCCAGUAGUAAGUUUUAUGUAGUUUUUCUACUGUACUAUUUAUAUGUGUAUUUUAAACCUUGUUAACCGGAAUGGACUUAUCCCAGUCGUACUUUUUUAAAACUCGCUUCCUUUUUAUUUUACACCCUACUCUUCCAUUUACUAGUCAUACGAUCUCGUACUCCUAUUUCUUUGCAACAAUAGCAUACUACUUUCUUGUUGCAUAUCCUCUUUAUGCCUUUUUUAAAACCUAGUUCGCACGUUAUGUAUACGUAAAUGCAAGUUUGUGGGAGAUAGAUGGAGUCUAUACUGCUUACUCAAUGUUUCUAAAUCAGUUGCAAAAUAAUUCAUCUGCAGUACCCAGUGAUCACCAAAGACCUAAAUGUUCUGAAUAAAAAAUAUUAUAAAAUCACAUGUAAGGUGAAUGCCACGUAGUCAGCCAGCACUGGAGUAAAACCCACCAAGAUUUAAGACCAUGUAUCUCAAAACUGGAGUUUUCGAUAUUCAUUAGCUAAAAGUUUUCGAAUUACUGAUAUUACUUAACGUUGUCUUAACAACGAAAUACUUAAAUAAUUUUUGCUAUUUCAUUGUGGACGUUUUCAAAAGUGGAAAAUUUAAAAGGAAUUAAAAUAGAGCAAGAACAAACACUGAUACAGAAUAGUAUGAAUUCAUAAUAUUUCGAGGUUAUCUUAACUUUUCAACUUCUAUUUAAUUAUCAUUAUGUGACCUAUCUUAUCAUUAUUCAAUUCCAUUAAUUACCAAAAUUAUCACACAAUUUAUGAACUUCACUAAACCAUUACAACACCCUCCCAAAAUUAAUCCCAUUUUUUAACCUCUGACCUGUUCUAGCAUAUAUAUAUAGUUGUUAUUGUAAUCCAGUUAUUUACACUCAUUUAUGUCACUUGCUUCACACUAUUUCAAUGUAAAAAUUCUAUCACAUUUUUGGUUGUAAGCAGCUGAUGAGAAACCUCGAAAUAUUAUGAAUUCAUACUAUUCUGCAUCAAUGUUCGUUCUUGCUCUAUUUAAAUUCAUAAAGGGAACCAAUUGCAUGAAAUUUCUAAAAAGAAUUAUUCUUUAAUCUGAAAAAAUGUUGUUUGACAUCACCCUGAUAGACCUGGCUGCGAAUUAUAAAGACCAAAAUCAGCACAUCAUUUCCACAUGAAAUUUUGUAAGUCUGUAAUUAUAUUUACAGGAUCAAAAUUUUUAAUGGAUAAAAUAAUGAUCACAUAAAAUAAAUUCGUAUUCGAAUCUCAGUUUUAGUGUAAUGUAUAUGUUUGCAAUUCUGAGAUGGUUUCAUUUUUUAAUAUUUACUUUACCCCACUCUUUCUACUUCAGGGUGUACAUCUAGUAUUUUAUUGGCAACAUUGAAUCGAUCUUCCUAAACCAAUGUUUAUAAUAUUCUUCUCCCUCCUAUUUCUUGACUAUGUUCGUGGGGAAGUAGUAUGGGCCGUUAAUUGUGGUGGCCCUAAACACAUCGAUUCACAUGGAGUCGAAUAUAAAGCUGAUUUCUUAGACAUGGGUACUGCAUCGGACUACGGCCGCUCGUUCGCAAUAAACCGUGUCCCCUCAGCAGAUCAUAUAAUCUAUCAAACUGAACGGUAUCACAGCGAAGACUUUUCUUAUCCUAUUCCGAUAACAUCUGAUGGAGAAUACAUUCUUACGUUAAAAUUUUCUGAGGUUUGGUUUACUGAGCGUUAUCAAAAAGUAUUCGAUGUUCAUAUUCAAAAUUCACUCCCACUUGUUCAAAACUUGGAUAUUUUUGGUCAAGUUGGCUUUGCUACUGCGUUCGAUUUAAAUGUGCCACUUAAAAUAAAAGAUGGAGUAAUAUAUAUUGGUGAACAUACAGUCAAUAUCGAUGACGAUCAUUUUACUGUGGACUUUAUUAAAACUCAAUUUGAUAAUCCGAAAAUCAAUGCUAUUGUUGUUACUAAAGGCUCAAUAGAAGAUGUCCCUCAAUUACCACCGUUAGAAGAAGAAACAUUUGAUCAACAGGUGUUACAUCCCCAUAAGUUAUCUGAUUCUGAUGAUGAAGAAGAAGAAGACCUGGAAUCUGUGCAACAGAAACCAUCUAGAACACCAAGAGCAAAAGAUCCUUAUGCUUCUGUGGACUAUUCCUAUUUAAUCUUACCUAUUAUAGUAUCGGUUGGAGCAUUUCUACCAAUUCUCUUUUGUUUAUGUAAACUUUAAAGAAAAAUACAAUAGGUAGUUUCUGUUGGUAUUAUUGGUGAUGUCUUUAUUAUUGUUGUUUUGUUUUUGUGUGAUUUCUAUAGGUUAUUCACAUCUUUUGUAAGGUAUAUGCACUUGCUUUAUUUUGUCUUUCUCGAAGCUAAAAUGUUUAUUCUAUGAACUGUACAUUGUUUGACAAAAUUCACAUAUCAUUAAUGUUACUGUAUAAUAGUAUACUUAUUCUUAAGUGUUUUUUAAAUAUGUGAUUCUUCAGAUAGGUUUACUGCUUAUUUCUGUUUUAUUUUGUUUGCUGUUUUAGUCAUUAGAGUUAAUAAAGAGGGUUGUAAGUAAUUAAUGGAUAUAUGAGGUUAUGUAGUAAGUGAAAUCAUUCUACAAGGAUUCACUUCCACAAUAAAAAAAUAGUCAUAUUAACAAUAACUGUAGACAUAAUCUAAUACUUCUGUAUUGUUGGUUGUAUUAUAUGAGUGAUUUAUUUCAACUUGUAAUAAAUUGUCAUUGAAACUGUUAUUAUCAUUUCAGUAUCCAGUGAAAUAAUUCAUCUGGCAUUAUACUCCUAGUAUGCAUCUCCAGGGUAUUAUAUUUCAGGAUUUUGAGGAUGUUUGCUAUUGCGAUUAUUAGUGACCUUGCUCAUUAUUCAUUCUUUGUAGGAUAUGUACGGAUGACUUAAAAAAGAUUUUUAUUAUCAGUAAAUCUUAUCAGUAAAUAUUCUCAAACAGAUGAGUUAUUUUUUAAUUGAUUUAUAGAUUUCCUGAGGUUGUAAAUACUAUUUGACAGCUUAAUUCUGUAGGUCAGUGAAACCCAAUGGAAAUUAUAAAGUAUUACAUAUUUCGUUUUCAAAAGUAGCCUUACACUAAACGACAUCUUUGGGUAAACAAAAAUAAAAUAGUGUUAGAAGAGGUUUUGUGGAGAUUUUAGUAAUUUCAAUAGUUGAAAUCCUGAGUCUAUUGAAGCUAGUUGCUGCCUUUUGUCCACCUGGCUUCAGUAUCUCAUUAUCGCUCAUUUCUAGCAUAACUAACUAUUUAGAUAUUUCGAAAAGUAUUAUAAAUGUGAUGAGAUCGGACACCACUUCGAAAGGUAAUGUUCAUAUUCAAAAGCGAUCAUAUACAACCCUUGAUUCGAUUCAUGACUUGAUUGGGGAUACAGGUAGUAUAGAGUCCAUUAUUUCAUCCAGAAACUUAAAAUCUUUAGAUCCUAACGUUGUGGUAAGACUCACAGAAGUCGCAAUAUUGGGGAUUACUGGACACAGUCUAUCCAUACGAAGAUGCUGUGAAUUGCUAAUAAUAGAUGUUAAUUCUUUAUACAUGUGUAGAAUCCGAACUGAGGUUUGAACUGAAGAACAACUGUCCAAGUCGUUUAGAUACGCGCUAUUGUCCAGUUGAGACCAAAACAAGAUGAUUGGGUAAAUGACAGUUCACCCAGUUAUUCAACCUAUAGUUGUUCAAUUAGUGAUCGAAUCAAGCGCAACAAAUGAAUGUUAUUCUAUCCCUUCUGGAUAGAUCACGUACAGAUUCGUUCAAAAAAUAAUAUUUGGUUGCUUUAUAACACAGUGUUUCUAAUUCUGGAAGAGUGUUUCAAUUCACAAUCAAAAAUGCACAGUUCUAGUCAAUGCAAGCAACACAAUCAAAGGGGGAACAAACCAAUAUGGCUGCCAUCUAAACUAAGUAUCAACUAAAACAAUAUAGAUGCAGUUCAGGGAUAAACGUGGAAACUCAGUGACGGCGUAGUAAAACUAUAAACAAACUGACCUGUAAUUGUUGGGAACUUAGUUGAAAGGAAAUAUUCUUUCUCUCUAUUUGUUCACUUGUUUAACUCAACGAUGAUUAUACUUUUGGUAAUGACUGCCAAAGAAAUCCAGAAUACACAUUUUACUCACUUUGGUACUCAUGAAGUAUAGUUUUAGUUAAACUCUACGGAAUUCAGGUGUCUUUAUAAGAACUCCAACUCACUUAAGCUCGAUAGCUUUUUUGUCAUGAAAAAAUGUAUGGCAGGCAUGGAUCGUAAAAUUAAGUUUAUUAUGUGCUAGUUGUAAAGUAUUACCACCAAAUUGUCAAGAAUCCAUAGAAGUAUGCGAUUGAUACUUCGAGGUUACUCACUUCAUGAGACCUCAAUUUCUCCGUGAGACUUGUGAAUAUGAACACAGGACUCGAUGAAUGACUACGAUCAAAACUAUGUAUCAACUAAUAUAAUGUAAAUGGAGUUUGGGGAUAAACAUGGAAACUCAGUGAAGUUGUAAGGAUUGUAAACACUAUUAAAUAAUACGAAUUCUACCAUCUCAAUUGGAAUAAGAUAUGACUUAUAUAAUAUACAACUGAAGGAAUCAAUAAGGUCAAACUGUUGGGUAUCAAAUGACCUUUAAUUGAUUUGCUCACUUUGUGUCUGAAGAUUCAACAUUCUGUGGUCAGGGUUAACCUCACUUUUUCUCAGGCUAUGGAGUGUCCUAGUGGGGUCCCGCAGUAUUUAAUACCAGGAUAUCUUAUUUUCUUAAUUUUUAUAGACGACCUUCCACAACAGGUAUCCUCAGAUUUAUUACUUUUUGCUGAUGAUGUGAGACUUUGGAGAGAGAUACGCAACCGUGAGGAUAUACUGGCACUUCAGGACGAUCUGACCCGACUUCAAAUU